AUGGAGAGAACCAAUCACACAGUGACUGAGUUCAUCCUACUGGGCUUCACAGCAAACCCUGUGAUGCAGUUGGUCCUGUUUGUGGUGUUCCUUGUAGUGUAUUCUCUAACUGUGUUAGGAAAUACCAUCCUCAUAGUGUUGAUCUGUAAUGACUCCCGCCUAUACACACCCAUGUAUUUUUUCAUUGGGAAUUUGUCCUUUUUGGAUCUCUGGCUGUCCUCUGUCUACACUCCAAAGAUCCUAGUGACCUGCAUCUCUGAAGACAAAAGCAUCUCCUUCGCGGGCUGUGUGGCCCAGUUCUUUUUCUCUGCAGGGCUGGACUACAGUGAGUGCUACCUGCUGGCUGCCAUGGCUUAUGACCGCUACAUGGCCAUCUCCAAGCCACUGCUUUAUGCCCAAGCCAUGUCCUUCAAACUAUGUGCAUUUUUGGUAACAGCCUCUUACCUUGGUGGUUUUGUGAACUCUUCUAUCAUCACCAGAAAAACGUUUUCCUUUGACUUCUGCCAUGACAAUGUUAUUGAUGACUUUUUCUGUGACUUGCUUCCCCUCGUGAAGCUGGCCUGUGGCCGAAAGGAAGGCUACCAGGCCCUGAUGUACUUUCUCCUGACCUCCAAUGUCAUUACCCCCAUUGCGCUCAUCCUGGCCUCCUACCUCAUUAUCAUUGCCACCAUCCUGAGGAUCCGCUCCACCCAGGGCCGCCUCAAGGCCUUUUCCACUUGCUCUUCCCACCUGGUAUCUGUGACCUUAUACUAUGGCUCCAUUCUCUACAUCUACUCUCGCCCUAGAUCUAGCUAUUCUUUGGAUAAAGACAAAAUAGUUUCUACGUUUUAUACCGUGAUGUUUCCCAUGCUGAACCCCAUGAUCUACAGCUUGAGAAAUAAGGAUGUGAAAGAGGCUCUGAAUAAACUCUUCAAGUAA